CAAAGAUACCCAAAUGGAGGAUUUCUCAACUGGGCAACAUGAUAGUGGCGACGUCACUACCGCUGCUGCUGAAAACCAUGAUGCCGAUGACUGCGACGCCGUUGUUGUUGGUGAUGGAAUUGGAUGCUCGAGUGCUAGUGGUGGUGGUGGGCGUGCGGGCAAGAAGUCCGGCGACAGAGUGAAGGGGCCUUGGUCGCCUGAAGAGGACGCCAUACUGAGUCGAUUGGUGAGCAAUUUCGGCGCCAGGAAUUGGAGCUUGAUUGCUCGAGGGAUUCCCGGUAGAUCGGGGAAAUCUUGUCGUUUGAGGUGGUGUAAUCAGCUUGACCCUGCUGUCAAACGCAAACCCUUUACUGAUGAAGAAGACCGUAUUAUACUCUCGGCUCACGCAAUCCACGGAAACAAGUGGGCUUCGAUUGCACGGCUCUUGCCAGGAAGAACUGAUAACGCUAUUAAGAACCACUGGAAUUCAACCCUUAGGCGACGAGGCUUGGAACAUGGCAAAUUCAACUUGGGUUCCGGUAAUACAAUGGAGGAGGCGAGCGUGGAGAGAUCGAAAGCAUCAUCCGAGGAAACUCUAUCUUGUGGGGAUGUCAAUUCAUCCAAAAUCUUUGAAGGAGUCGAUGUCACAAGUGAUCAUAAUGCGGAAAACGCUCAAACUAAACCUCAUUUUAACAACGUUCCAAAUGACCAACCUACCCUUUUUCGUCCAAAGGCUCGGGUUAGUGCAUUUAACGUUUAUAACUCCCUAGAUAGCCCAGAAACUCAAGGGACUUCAAUUCAUUCCUCGAAAGCAGAUGUCGGAUUGAGUAAGUUACUUGAAGGUGCUUAUAAUGAACGGUUAGUUCCUCAUCGAUGUGGUCAUGGCUGCUGUGACACCUCAACCAUACCAAUCAGUCAUAAAUCUUUACUGGGACCCGAAUUUGUCGAUUAUGUAGAACCGCCUUCUUUUCCGAGCCAUGAAUUGGCUGCAUUAGCCACUGAUAUUAGUAACAUCGCUUGGCUUAGAAGUGGGCUAGAAAAUAGCAGCGUCAGACCGACAGAUAAUGCGAGUGGAAGGGCGAAUCCAAAGGCCAAAGACCAUUUCCGUUUAGUGACCGAUGUGCUUUCUCCGAUGCCGAUCAGUUGGCAGCCAUCUGCGCAACCUGCAAACGUUGGGAGCUCGGGCUAAUAACGUGGUAUGUAUCCGUAACAUGUUAGAGUGUAUAAUUCAUCUGUUGCUUAAGGCUGGUAAUAAGAUAUUAUUAUGGAAAGUUAGAAAUUGAUAGCAACAGAAAUCCAUAGGUAAUUAAGGUGUAAGUUAGUCUAAUUUUCUUGAAUAAGUAGGUUGUUAGUUAAUCAGUGAGAACCACGGACGUCCGUGAUGAGUUGUGCCUUUCUUAAAGUAAAAAUUAUAUAUAACGAUUCUCCUUGUAUC